AUGGUUGUAAGCAAAUGUAUUAAAGAAGUUAUUGUUAAACAUUAUUCAGAGAUUGCUAAAGACGUCCCCAUAGCAGAUAUAUUAUAUGAUUUACGAGCAACAGCAAUAUUGUCUAAUGAAGAAGUCAGCAAAUUGAGAGAUCACUGUAAAUCUGACCAAGAUCGCGCCUUUAAAUUCCUAAAAGUACUAGAAUCAAGAAGCGAUAGGAAUUUUUAUCAAUUUUGUACAAUAUUACAACACAGCGAUAUUAAAAAUGUGCAAAAUCUUGGUAACAAACUGGAAAGAGCAGCUACCGCAGUUGUGCAGAAACAAAGAAGUGAAGACGAAAAUGAGUCUGAUCAAUUUGAUUCUGCACCUGGUAGUCCUGAAGAGACGAGUAGUAGCGAAAAAUUAGAGUCAACAUCAUCAGUCUUUGCUGAUAGAAAUAAAAGGAAGCGAUAUUCCUCUUAUCAUUUAUCAGAGGCUUUAAGUCCAGCUCACAAGCGAUCAAAUGACUCUGAUAAUGCCCUUAAAAGUUAG